AUGCAGUUCACCAUCGCCGCCGUCCUGGCCGUCGCCACCACUGCCUUCGCCCUCCCGUCGUCUGACGGUGGUAGCGGCACCUGCGCAAAGGGAUCUGACAUCUCGUGCUGUGUCACCGACAGCAGCGGCAGCGGCACCGCUGGCAAUGUCUUGGGUGGAUCAUGUCUCCUCAGCCAAGUCAGCUUGUUGUCUCUCCUCGACAACGUCUGCCCGGCUGGAAACACUUUCUGCUGCCCUACCAACCAAGACGGCACCCUCAACGUCAACGCAGCCUGUAUUCCUGUGAACGUUUAA